CCCCCGGAACCGUUGUCGCGUCGCCGUGGGAGCGGCCGCUUGUUUGGCCUGCCGCAGACGCGCAGGAGGCGCCGCGUUCCGGGCUGCUGUUCCCGGAGCCCGGGCGCGCGGAGGGCCGAGCUCGCGCGGCCCUGUUUUCUCCUUAGCCUGGGUUCGUCGCGAAACCCGGGGAGCCGGGGUGGCUCCGUGGUGGCCUCGUGGUGGCGAACCCAGCGGCCGGGCCCCGGCGGUAGUGAUGGUCAUUGUCCUCUUGAACAGGGAUGGAGGAAAUAUCCCACGAGGCAGCAGGAUCACCAAGGGUCCAGUUUCAGCCUUUGGAGAGCCAAUCUGAAUGUCUUUCCCCAGAGCUUCAGUUUCUGCAGGACACGGAGAUGGAGCAGGGAUUCCCUGGGGGAGUUUGUGACAUUCGAGGAUGUGGCUGUGCAUCUUACUCGAGAGGAAUGGGGAUGCCUGGACCCUGUUCAGAGGGAGCUCUACAGAGAAGUGAUGUUAGAGAAUUAUGGAAACGUGGUUUCACUGGGCAUACUUCUCCGCCUUCCCACCACCCGGAUUCAUUGUGUGAAUUCCUGCCCAGCCCUGAGUCAUACCCAGGAUUUCCAAUUUCCAAGCCUGAUGGGCUCUCCCAGCGGGAACAGGAUCUACAGGUCUUUGAUCUGGAAACUAAGAAUAAAGAAGUCAUAAGAGAUGACUGUUCAGAUGGAGAGACCAGAGAAGAAAACAAGCUGUUGAUCCCUAAGCGGAAAAUUUCGGAAGAAGUACAUUCAUACAAAGUGAGAGUAGGAAAAUUCAAACAGAAUAUUGCCCAAGUUCCUGAGACCAGAGAGGUAUAUAAAUCUGAGGACAGAUUAGAAAGGCUCCAGGAGAUUCUAAGAAAAUUUCUCUUUCUGGAGAGAGAGUUUAGACAAAUAACAAUCAGCAAGAAAAACUUCACCAGUGAGAAGAACAGCGAACCUGAAAAAAGCUUCAGUCUAGACUCAACACUUGAUGCAGAUCAGAGAGUUCUUCGAAUCCAGACCAUUGAUGACAGUAAGUAUGACAUGAACUUCAACCAGAGCCCCGCUAUUGGUGAACAAGAACCCAUAAAUCUAACACAGAAUUUUCAGAGUAGUGACUAUAAAGAAAGCUUAAUGGAUCUGUCCCACCUUAAUAAGUGGGAGAACAUGCCUACCACUGACAGAUCCUAUAAAUGUGAUACAUGUGGGAAAACCUUCCAUCAGGCCUCUGCUCUUACUAGACAUCAGAGAAUUCACACAAGAGAAAAACCCUACAAAUGUAAGGAAUGUGAGAAAUCUUUCAGUCAGAGCUCAAGUCUUAGUCGACAUAAGAGAAUACACACUAGAGAGAAAUCCUACAAAUGUGAAGUGUCCGAUAAAUCCUGUGAAGCACCUGAGAAGUCAUGUAGCCAGAGCUCAGAUGUGCUUCAGCAUAAGAAGGUUCAUGCCAAAGGCAAGUCUUACAAGUGUGGCAGCUGUGAAAGAGUCUUCAGCCGAAGCGUGCACCUUACUCAGCAUCAGAGAACUCACAAGGACAUGGCCUGUAAAUGUACCGUGUGUGGCAGUGACUUCUGCCACACCUCAUAUCUAGUUGAACAUCAGAGGGUACAUCAUCAAGAGAAGUCCUACGAGUAUGAUGAAUGUGGGCUGGCCUAUGUGAAACAGCAAGGAAUCCGUUUCCAAGAAAAGCCCUACACGUGUACUGAAUGUGGGAAAGACUUCAGAUUGAAUUCCCAUCUUAUUCAGCAUCAAAGAAUUCACACGGGAGAGAAACUGCAUGAAUGUAAUGAGUGUGGGAAAGCUUUCAGCCAAACCUCUUGCCUUAUUCAGCACCACAAAAUGCACAGGAAAGAGAAAUCAUAUGACUACAACGAUUAUGAGGAAAGUUUUAGUCACAACUCUGAUCUUACUCUGCAACAAGAAGUUCCCAUUAGAGAGAGAGUCUUUGACUGUGAUGCAUGGGAAGAGAGCUUCAAUCAGAGAGCGCACCUCAUCCAACAUGAAAGGGUCCAUACCAAAGAGAAACCUUAUGAAUGCAAUGAACUUGGGGAGACAUUUAGUCAAGUUCAGGCCUCAUUCAGUAUGUGAGAACUGACCGCAGAAGUCAGACGUGUAAUAACUGUUAACGUCGUCAGUCAGUUCGGCCCUUGGACAGCAUCAGAAAAAUCAUACCAGAGAGAAACCCGCUGAAUGAGAUGAGUAUUAGGAAGUAUUUUGGUGUUAAAUUCUUCAUUGGCUCCUGUAAAUCAGUGCUAGGAUACACAGAACGUGGUACAUUCUUCAGCUUAUUUUCAUACCUUAGUCACAGUUGGAAAAUUUGUACUGGAGUAAAAUUCCACUCUCAAAUGUGAAAAAGCCAUCUGUCAACUACCUUGUUGGUUCAGUGUCACGUUUGUGCCAUGCAGAAAGCCUGUGAAGGUAGGGGUGUAUGUGAGGAAACUCAGUCAUAUCCCAGUGCUUGCUCACAUCAAAGAAUCUUAUGUCCAAGAGGUCAUUUGGGUGUGGUAAAUGUGGCAAAUCUGUGAGCAGGGGUCCAUGUAUCAUCAGAAUGUACCAGGUGAGAAUCUGGAUAUGAUGAAAUGGUCAGAUCAGAACAUCUGUACCAGAUGAGACUGAUAGAAUGCAAACAGUGAAACUUAGCACUCUGUUUCAGGCCUUAUCCGGUAUCAAAGUAUUGGAGAGAAAAUGGUUACUUCUGUGUGUAAUUAUUCUUAUUUAGUCCCAGUCUUUUCAGUGUAGAAUAACUGAAUCCAGAAGGCAAUUGGUGAAUGCAUUUUCUCACAGCAUCCUUAAAAAAGUAUUCUAAGAAGGUACGAGUAUUUUAUUUAUAGAACACAUUUAAGUGAGUUUAUUUUAGUUUGGCCUAUACACAUUAAAACAUUUUUUCUUUGAAAGUGAUUCGUAUUCACAGCUUGCCUAGGAUGCUGUCUUUGUACCAGUGUUGACAGAGCUUCUGACAGUAGCCCCGUGAGCUUUCUCUGUUACUGUCCUGAAUGUCAAGCAGUGGAGACUUGGGCCUAUUCUUUUCUGAGGACCCCACAUGCUGUUGUUUCCAUAGCCACACCCUUGGCUUCCUGUUGAUUUCUACAUUCUCACAGGCGUCUUUAAAUGAUGUCCUGGUUGUAAGCUUCUCACUAGCUGACACUGCUCUUCUGUGGGAUCUUCUCUCCUGUGGUGAAGCUUCCUUUCAAGAGUUGUAUUUCCACAUCAGCCAUCCACGUUUGGAGGAUUCAGUCUUCCCGAGUUUGUGGCAGGCACCCAAACACUUGCAAGUAAUGCUCGAGUUUUCAUCUGCCUUGUUUGCAUCCACAGCCCUCUAAAAGAGAUGACAAGGACAUCAGGGAGCCAGUAAGACUCCUGGUGGUCUAGCUACAUUCAUUCAGUGCCUACUUUGCAUGUAUGUGUACGUUUAGAAAUCUUUUAUAUGCCUGUAUUGAAGGCCAACAAAAUGCUCAGGUCUGCUUUUGAUAGGGAAACAAAGAACACACAAAUCAGAGAACUUUGUAAGAAAAUACAGCCUUCCAAUAAGGAUGUUGCUGUUCUUAGUGCUGUAUCUAGAUAGUAUUUCAAGAGAGUGGCAGGUCUGUUCCUGGUAAACUUGUAACCACUAGGAUUGCUUCUUUAUCUGUCUCCCUCCACUCCCUUCAUCAACCCAGGGUAGUAUUUUGAAGCAUAGGGCUUUGUGCAUAAUCGUUUGUGCAUUGCCAUACUUUGUGUUGAGAUGCAGUCUUACUUUGUUGCCCAGGCUGGCCUUGAUUUCCUGGGUUCACGAAAUCUUCCUGCCUCCCAAGUAGCUGGGAUUAUAGGCAUGCGCUCCUGUGCCUGGAUUUUAUUUUUGUAUUUUAAUAGAAUCUAUAGGCCAUAUAAAAGAUCAUGGCUGUUUUGAUUUAUAGAAGUGAUCACAGGUGUUGAGUUCAGGGUCCCUGCCCUAUACUACAUAGAGUUCAUGAUUCUUUACAUGGUGUCAAAGCAUUUUUUUCAUCUUAAAAUUCAUAACAUUUUAUGAAUAAGAAAAGUAUUAUUUAAAAUUCUAGUUGUCAAUCAAGCAGUUGAGGCUUCCAUAGUUCAGAUGUUGUAAUGUUCACUAGGAUCCUCAACCAAUAUCUAAAAUAAAUUGCUCACUCUGUAAACCUUGUGGCUAACCUCUAGGAUAGUCUUACCACUGUAUUUUACUUCUUUGCCAUCAGCAAGCGUAGUGUUGAUGUCAUCAAGGCAAGAAAAUCGACAUAUAUCAAAUUGAUUUAAAUGUAAAAGCAAAUGAAAAAUGCAUGUUUUUUUUUUGUCCCUAUCAAACUUGUAUACUCUUACUUAUAGAGACCAAUAGUCACCUGUGGUGACUGAGGCAGAGGAUUGAUUUAUCCCUAAGUAGCAGAAUCUGUAAAAAUCACAUGUAUGCAUUUGGGUUAGAAACAUGCUUUUGUACUUCUACCUGAAUAAAGGUGUGUUCAACGCUCUUA